AUGCUUGCUUCCCUCGGAAAACCGAGAGAAGAACAGCGAGACCGACUUUUAUCUGGGUCGCCAAAACUCUAUGAAAACAGUGAAGAACAGCGAGUAAGUAAAAAACCUCAGUCGCCAAAACUCUAUGAAAACAGUGAAGAACAGCGAGUAAGUAAAAAACCUCAGUCGCCAAAACUCUAUGAAGAUGUGAAACAAAUAGUUCAAGAUACGUUACCUCAAACACACUAUGAUAUGAAAGGUUGUACAAUACUUACAUUCAAAGAAGACUUACCGCUACUGAAAGAAAAAAUAACAGAGUAUUUUGACAACUUCAAACAAGUAGGGUAG